AUUUAUUGGAGCGUCUUUCUCUCUUUAUAAACCACGCUCUGCAAGGUUUUGUCACACGCUGCUUUACUUGUGAAAACGCAAGAUGUCUUACGGAGCUGAACCAUCAACGUUUUACGUUGGCCAGGAACAUGUUGGCAGAAUUAUUGGCAAAGGUGGAAACCGAAUAAGGGAAAUUCAGGAUGAAAGCAAUUGUCAAAUCAAGAUUGAGAGUAGAAACAGUGAUGUAGAUGGUAAAGCCAGAGUUGAUUUGACUGGUUCAGAGGCCCAACAAGAGAAAGCUAAGGGUUUAAUCUUAGAUAUAUGUGAGCAAAGUAGAGAAGGUGGUUAUGGCGGAGGAAGAGGUGGUGGACGAGGUGGAGGAGGAGGUUAUGGUAGACGUGACGGUGGCUACGGAGGAGGACGUGACGGUGGAUACGGAGGUGGCAGAUACGGAGGAGGUGGAGGUGGUGGACGUGACAAUUACGGUGGUGGAGGAGGAGGAUGGUAGAUCCCUCUCUUUCUAAUUUUUUUCCUAAAUGUAAUUGACAAUAACACGCCUGCCAUACCUAUCUUCUAAAAAGACCAAUGUCUUGUAAAUGGACCAAUAUCCUGACUUUUUUUCAAGCAAUAGUACUUGCUAGUGUGUUUUUUUUUUUGUAUGAUUUCUGACCAGUGAUGUAUUUUAAUUCCCGACUUGAUAAAUGACUUGAUCUUGCAACAGCGGACACUGUUUUGUAUUUAAUAGAGUUGUCCCAACCAGAAUUGUGUAAAUAUUCCACCUCGACUUGAUAAUCCUAGUAAAGGACAACUGCAACUAAAACCAAUUUUAGUGGGACAAUUUUUACUUCAUGAACCUUAGCUUUGGAUGCGAGCCAUAAUUAUAUCAUUAUCAUAUGCCAUUAUACCUUGUAUUCAUUGUACAAAUUUACAUUGUUGGAAGCAACUCCUGAGUGUAAAAAGAUGUACAUAUAAUUAUAGUGCUAACUCGUAUGUGGAUGCUAACUAUCCAUACCAUUGCCCUAAGUAAUGCUCAUAUAUACUUGACUGACUGCUCCAGACAAACUUGAUAAUUCAGAAUAUUGACUCAGUAUUUUUAUUUUCGAAAUUGUGUUAAAUUAUCAUGUAAACUGCCAAGUUAUUACCUGAAUAAAUUUCUAAAGGC